GCUCUCGGAUCCCAUCUUUCUUGCGACCAAGAUGCCGGAGGAGCGGAGGCGAAGGGAAGGCGGCACCGGAGGAGACUCGAUGCCCCGACGCGAGGGCCGCGAUCACGGUGGCAGAAGUCACCACUCACGAUCGGAACGGGAGAGGGAAAGAGAAAGGGAAAGGGAAAGGGAACCCAGUCCUAAAAGACCAAAAAGAGAUGGAAAAUCAGCAUCUGAGAGAAAAUUCUCUGGUAAUCAUGAUUUGAAUGUUGAUGAUAAUAAGGAGCGGAAAACACGUAGGCGGUUUCAAGAUGCUUUGCCUGUUGAGAAUUCUUCAGCAACUGAUACCAAGGUGAAGUCUGCAAAUCUUAAAGAUGGUUCUCACAGGAAGGUUGAUCCUGAUAAUACCAAACAAUCUGACCAAAUGGAUGCACCAUGGACUCGAUCCCACUUUCAGGUAAAAUAUUCACGGGUGAUGGUUUCUCUGCGGUGGCUUCUCCCAUGACUUUCGGCGGGGUUCUUGUUCGGAUCCAUGCCUUCAAGUACCUCAUUUUAUAUAACAAUCUAAGGCUACCUAUGCAGCACGACGAACGUGGCGGUGCUGGGCAUGGUGGUCGAAGCUAUGUUCGCAGAGAUGCUGAUGAAGGAAGGAAUAAUGCAAAGGAGCAGACUGGUGACAGGGUGGACAAGAUAGAGGCAUCUGACAUGCAGAGAAAAUACGACAGCCGGACUAGAGCUCAUGCAGGUGACAACAAUGAAUGGAGACAUGAUGGAUUUUAUGAGUUGGAAGUUGAGGCAGCAGCUCCCAGGAAAAGACCUGCUUUCAGUGAAAGAAAAAUGGCUACAGAAAAAGAUUCUGUGGCUGCCCCUCCCACCGGACCAGAAUCAAGAAACCACCAUGAUCAUCAAAUGCUUGGUGCUGUAAGAAGGGAAGAAAAGGGAAACAACUUUUCACGUGGUGAUAAGCCUGAGAGAUGUUUCAAUCGAGCUGAUGAUAGAUAUGAUAAGAGAGGAGACAGAUAUCUGCAAAGAAAUGAAAUCAACAGAGCUGGCUAUCAGUCAAGGGAGAUGCAUGGUGGCAGGGACGUGAGGGGUAGGGAAAGAUUCACAGGAAGAUAUGGUGAGAGAAAUAUGUCCCGAGAGAGUGGUUUCCAGGCAGAAAAAUGGAAGCAUGAUCUUUUCGACGAAGCAAAUAGAAGCCCUACUCCAAAGAAUGAAGAAGAACAGAUCGCGAAGGUUGAAGCACUGUUGUCUCUGUAGUUUGUGCCCCUCUCAAGCGGAAUGGUUCUGUUCCUCCACAAGGCUUUCUGCUCAUUGAAGUAUGCAUCUCCGUAAGGCUGUUGGAAAUUUAGUUGGAGGUUUGUCUUUUUGUGAAUUUUAUGUUAACUCCAGACAAAUUCUCUGCGUAAAAGAAGGCUGUGAUUUGUUUUUUCUA